AACGCCGGCGUGGGCAUGGCGGGUCCCCUGGAGUGCCAGAGCCUGGCAGCCAUGCAGAGCCUCAUGGACACCAACUUCUUUGGCCUCGUCCGCCUGGUCAAGGAGGUGCUGCCCGACAUGAAGCGGCGCCGCGGGGGCCACAUCGUGGUCAUCAGCAGCAUCAUGGGCCUGCAGGGCAUCGUCUUCAACGACAUCUACGCGGCCUCCAAGUUCGCGGUGGAGGGUUUCUGCGAGAGCCUGGUGGUACAGGCGCUGCGCUUCAACGUGGCGAUCAGCCUGGUGGAGCCGGGGCCGGUGACGACGGAGUUUGAGGCGAAGGUGUACGAGGAAGCCGAACGCGCCGACUACUCGCGGACCGACCCCGAGACAGCCGACAUCUUCACCAAGCUCUACCUGAGGAACUCCAAGGAUGUCUUCGCCAGCCUGGGCCAGACCCCCGAGGACAUCGCGGAGCACACGCUGCGGGUGAUCGAGGCAGCCCGGCCGCCCUUCCGGCACCAGACCAACGUGGCGUACACGCCGAUGGCCGCGCUGAAGCACGCCGACCCCAGCGGCGCCCUCAUGACCGACGCUUUCUACAAGCUGGUGUUCAAGUACGACGCGGUGCUGCGGCUCAGCCUCCACGCCAUCCGCCUGCUCCGCUGGAAGGCCCAGAAGGUGAAGCAGGGUGCCCGGUUGCUGGGCUUCAAAUAGCUCCUGCUGCCCUUGGCAGCUCGGGGCACCGCACUGGUGCAGCGGGGGGCGAGCGAGGCCGGGACCCGUGUGGGGUUUCGCUUCCUGCUCCCAGCCCGAAAUAGCACCC